AUGACGUCCACUUCCGACGCGGCCCUUGUGGCUGGUUGGCAACAGUUCAAUCCGGACCGUGGCGCCAUGGACAACGCUGCUAACACUGCAGCCAUGGGUAAUAUUGAACGUACUAUCAACCUUCCACCUCACAAGCGUGGCCCCAUCAAACGACAGCGUGCUGUCAAAGAAACAUCUACGGGGUAUGCCACCGGGGUCUCGUCCGUUAUGGCCAGUGAAAGCACCACCAAUCUCGAGCGCAAUGAGUCGCAGAGCCCAAGCCAGCACGCUCUGGAAAAUGCCUACUUCGAAACUCAACACUUUGGCAUCAAGAGGCUAGAGGCUAUUUCCAGCAAUUCGUCGCAAUUGCUUGGUGGCCAGGUCAAUUUGAGCCCAAAGGUACCACCCCACCUCAGGGGGCUGUCUGCUACUCCUGAAAAAAAAGCAUCGGACACAAAUGCAUUGCGGAAAGACCCAUCACAGAAAAUCACCCCACAGACAAAGGGAAAACCCGCAGCCAAUGUCCCUGACAGAUUCGCAGUUGUAGCAGCAGCACAGAAGAAAACGCAAGAGAAUAUCCAAGCUCGCAAGCCUGCGACUUCAAGCAGCAUACCGAUGAACUCUGGCACCGCUCGCAAAUCAGCCAAACAUGACGCAAGAUAUCCCUGCUCGUAUGCCGACUGCGCCGAUGGCUUUGCUGACAAGGGUACUCUUGAUAAGCACAAGUAUUAUGAACAUGAUGGAUAUUGUCAAGUCUGCGAUAUCGACUGUGAGGACGAAGUGGCUCUUACGGCCCACAAAAUCGACAGCUAUCAUGGCACUGCGUCAGAACCCCAUUGCAUUGGAUGCGGUAUGAUGUUCUUCACCGGCGCUGCUUACGUCAAGCACAUCAUGUGUAACGAGUGUAAAGACCCGCGAGGACUGGCUACGGAGGCGGAGAUGCGGAAGAAUCGUAGAGAGGCUGCCCUUAAUUAUGCAACAGCUAUGCAUGAAUAUCAGUCGAAGAAGGGGACCUGGAGCUACAAUGCGUCUGAAGACGGUGACGAGUCUGUCGCUGGGGGUGUACGUCUUGGGUCUGUGAAUGGAUCGAUGGAUGAAUCCCUCCUCGACCGUGAUUUUGACAACGAAGACGAUGGUAGUUCUAGUUACAGUGGAACAAUUCGAUCGGAUAGGACUGUCGGCCCAGAAGACUUGUUAGAUCUCGAAGAGGAUGGUGACAGUGUUGCCGCCUCCCAGGACUUCGAUCUGCUGACAAUGGAUGGUGACGAGGAUAAAGAGUUCCAACAAUCCUGGGCAAAGCGCUUGGACAAAGAUUCUAAGCCUCCUUUGACGGCAGAGGGGCGGACGCUUCCCCGACGUCGUGCAGACCCUAGACCUGGUGGAUAUGAUCCCAGAACUUUCACCACUGGCUCGCACAUGAUUGAUGAUUGGCAUGGAUACCGCUUGGAGGAGUUCAAGGACAACUUUAUCGGACAGUACCACUGUCCCUUUCCUGGUUGCACCAAAGCCACCUACAAACGCCGCAUCGGCCUCCUCAAUCAUCUCGUCUCCGGUUACCACUGGGGCACCGAUUACGCCUGCGUCGCGUGCUCCAAGCGCUUCGACAUCGACAAAAACCAGCCUAUCAUCGACGGCGUCGUUAUGUCCCUCCGCGACUUUUACCAUGACGGUAUCUCGCCCGCAUUCAAGAAAAACCCACCGCUUGUGCGCCUGAUCACACACAUGGAGAAGUCAGACUCCUGUGGCAUCAAAAAGAGCGAGAAAUAUGGACAUAUUGUGCAUAUACUUACGGGGGGCUUCUUGGGGAUCCUUAGGGAUGAGGAGAAUCGACCGUAUUUUGUGCAGGUUGAUGAGCCGACGGCUGAUGUGAUGGGGCAGAGGGAUGAGUGGGAGCACCCGGCGUAUGGGGACCAGUGGUAA